AUGUAUGUUCAUAUGGGAAGUCCCCUUACUACUGGAAACCAGUGUGCGCUUGCCAAGCUGGCGAUGGCGGUCACGGACGACAAGACUAUUGUCGUUGGGCUGUCCCUUGUGGCCUACAUUGUUAGGCUUUCCAUUGCCCGUGGCAUGCCCCCACUUAUCUGGCUAGCGGAAACGUCGCACGAUCUCAAGUGGGUUGCGGUACAGAAUCUGGGCAUAGUGCAGCUCAGAGAGUCACCAUCGAGUGUACAUGCUGGUCGUGACGGAAACAAAGCCAUGCCUACAAAGUUCUUAUUGGUGAUGAUCGAGGUAGCCACGUGGGAGAGUUAG